AUGCCUAACGGUUUCGACCCGGUGUGGAUGGAGACCGUUCGUAUCGAAAUCGCUCGCGAUCGUCUUCGGCUCCAGAACCAACAGCACAAGGGGGAAGAGGGAAGCGGCCCGAAUGGGAACAGCGGCGAUUCCUCCCCCGCGCCCAACGACUUCUCGAUCAUCGUUUGGAAUCGCGUCCAAGGUCGAAGGCAAACGCAUCCGGACGAGUGCGAGUUCGUGGGGCGCCUGGACCUUUCGGUUUCACGGCUAGUGGCCUUUGCCGUUAGUGAUAAAGGCGCGGCCGGCGGCACCGGGGAUGCAAAAACGACCAAGACUCACAAACUGCCACUCAAGAACAAGAGAGGGCUAGCGGAAGCCGCCACGAUCGCCGAAAGCUACGCCGACGCGACUAACGUAGAGGCUUCCGGCUUGGAUACGGUGUUCGACAGGAGAGUGAGGCUGACGGUGCUCCGAGCGACUGGUCUGGCCCAGGCGGACGAUUCCGGGGGCGCAGAUCCGAUGUGUGUGCUAAGAAGGAGGGGUCGUGAGGUUGGCCGAACCACGACGAUCUACGGCAGUCUCGAUCCCGUCUGGGGAACCAAGAGCAAGGAGGGAGAGAGCUUCUUGCUGACCAUUCCUCACCCACGAGAGGCGUCCUUCGGAGGGGGCGGCAUCGUGCUCGAGGUUUUCGAUGAGGACUUUGGAGACCCUAGCGACUUCCUGGGCCAGGUAAUCAUUUCUGGUAACGACCUUCUUCGCUUCCACUCUCCAGGAACGUUCAAAGGAGCCGAGGCUCAGCACAGGCAGGUUGAGCUGCAAAAGAAGCCGGAGGUCCCACUAUCAGACCAGUGGUUGGUGCAGGGUGAUUUGUUCUACAAGCUGGAAGGGGUCGACAAGGGAGACGAGGACGUGACUGAUACGGUAGUCAUCGAUCACGCGAGCAUCGUCGAUGGGCCGACUGACCUAGAGGGCACCACCGGGGGACAUGCCGUCCCUUUGCUGGUGAGUGCCAACAAGGAGAUCAAGCUGUUUCGGGGGCGGUUUGCUUCGUCAAUGGGAUCAGUGGGGCCGCACCAGGUGGGCAUACAGCAUGACCGUAUGCCACCGUGGCGAGCAAACUCCCAACACACAUUCCUACCUGAGCAGAACGACCCCCCCUACACACGACAGCAUACCCCGACAUUCCUUCGCUCCAAGGAAAUCGCUCCCGCCCUAUACGUCUAUUCGACCCGAAAUUGUCUUUCUCUGUCCGAUUCUCGAUGGUUUACAUGUGACCUGCCUCCAACGAACGGUGUCGGUCAGAGCUCGCAGUACCGACGAUUGGAGAUUCGAGUGAUGGAGGCGGGCGGAUUGGCCAAAGCCGACAGAUUUGGUCUGUCAGACCCCUACGUCGUGAUCCGGGCCAACGGACAGACACAGCUGGGGCGCACUCGCACCAUCGCUCUAUCGCUGGAUCCCGUGUGGACGAAUCCGGAAGAGCGUUUCGUGGUCGCGGUAGGCCUCGAAGACGCCGCAAAGUGCGACCUGACAUUGGAAGUCUGGGACGAAGACGACCUCGGGCAGGGCGACUUCUUGGGUCAAGAGAAGAAACAAACCGAGGACGACGGCUUCAACGAGCUGGUGCAGGGAGUACUGACGUUUUCGAUCCGAGAGGCGUACGGUAACAUGCCCGAUGAGCCUCCAGAGGGGGAGGGCAGCGGUGGCCAGGCGCUUCUCAUGUCCGAGACCUCGCCGGCGGAAAAAACCAUGUCUGUGGUGAUGCUGACGAUUUUGUCAGCAAAGGGUCUCGCGAAGGCGGACGUGUUUGGAAAGUCAGACCCUUUCGGCAUGGUUCUUCUCAACAGGCGGGAGAUAGGUCGCACGCGCACCCUGUUCAAAACUCUCGACCCUUGUUGGAGCGAGCCGCUAGAGACUUUUUCUCUGCGCGUCGCAGGCAACCGCUGCAACGUGAUUGUCCAGCUGUGGGACGAGGAUUUGGGGAAACGAGGGGACUUUCUAGGGCAGGCUUCCCUAACAUGGAGAGACCUUCAUCUACUCCCGGGCGAAGCUAGUCGGGAACUGAGCCUGACCCUAGGGUUCCGCGACGACGCCCCCAAGAGGGACCAGGAACUGGUGCAAGGGACGGUACAACUGCUAGUGGAGGCACCAGUGGCUGAGGUGAACGGCGACGGAGAUAAUGCCGAGAGAGGCAGGACUCAUUCCAUCGCCGGCACGUUGCAACCGGUUUGGCGAAACCCGCCGGAAGUGUUCAUCCUCACUGCGGUGGAAGAGAUUAUUCUGGAGGUGUGGGACGUCGACUUCCAUAAGAAGAGCGACUAUCUGGGUGAGGUGCGCCUUAGCAAGCAGGAUCUCGCGGAGAAGGUCCCCGUCGACGGUGCCCAUGAAUUCACGGCCGCCCUGCGGCCGAAACCAAACGUCACGGACAAGUUUAAUCGACGGGUGCAAGGGUCGUUGAGGUUCACGUGCCAGGACUGGAUGAGCCCUGAACGUCUUGUUCUCGAGGGGCUCGGGGAAGAAUUAAAACUGUUCGUGGUGUCCGCCUCCGGCCUUCCCAGGGGGUGA